UUCCUGCGCUUCCUGCGCGCGGGGGCCGCGGAGGAGGAGCGCGGAGGAGCCUGCGGCGCGGGGACAGCGCACCUGGGGGGCUCGCCGGCGGCGACAUGGAGGACGGCGGCGUGCUCAAGGAGGGCUUCCUCGUCAAGAGGGGUCACAUUGUCCACAACUGGAAGGCGCGAUGGUUCGUCCUUCGGCAGAACACGCUGCUGUACUACAAGCUCGAGGGGGGUCGGAAGGUGACCCCUCCCAAGGGCCAGAUCCUCCUGGAUGGCUGCACCAUCACCUGCCCCUGCCUGGAGUAUGAAAACCGACCGCUCCUCAUUAAGCUGAAGACUCGCACAUCCACAGAAUACUUCCUGGAGGCCUGCUCUCGGGAGGACAGGGACGCCUGGGCCUUUGAGAUCACAGGGGCGAUUCACGCUGGGCAGCCGGGGAAGGUCCAGCAGCUCCACAUACAGAGAAACUCCUUCAAGCUGCCCCCUCACAUCAGCCUGCAUCGCAUCGUGGACAAGAUGCACGACAGCGCGAGUGGAAUCCGGCCAAGCCCCAACGUGGAACAGGGAAGCACCUACAAAAAGACCUUCAUUGGCUCCUCCCUGGUGGACUGGCUCAUCUCCAGCGGCUUUGCAGCCAACCGGCUGGAGGCCGUGACCCUGGCCUCCAUGCUCCUGGAGGAGAACUUCCUGAAGCCGGUCGGCGCCCGGAGCACGGGAGCCGUUCGCUCUGGGGACCUGGCCGAGCAGUUCCUGGAUGACUCCACGGCCCUGUACACCUUUGCUGAGAGCUACAAGCAGAAGAUCAGUCUCAGGGAAGACAUUAAUCUGAGCACUAUGGAGCUGAGUGGCACGGUGAUAAAACAAGGCUAUCUGGCCAAGCAGGGCCACAAGAGGAAAAACUGGAAGGUGCGGCGCUUUGUCCUGAGGAAGGAGCCGGCUUUCCUGCAUUACUACGACCCUUCCAAAGAAGAGAACCGGCCAGUGGGUGGGUUUUCCCUUCGUGGUUCACUCGUGUCUGCUCUGGAGGACAAUGGCGUUCCCACGGGUGUUAAAGGGAAUGUCCAGGGAAAUCUCUUCAAAGUGAUUACUAAGGACGACACACACUAUUACAUCCAGGCCAGCAGCAAGGCUGAGCGAGCCGAGUGGAUCGAAGCUAUCAAAAAGCUAACGUGACGGGGACCUGAGAGACCAGGACCAGGAUUCCUCCCACCUACCCGGUGACAUUGACAGGGUUUCCCAGAAAAUGAGUGUUAAUGUAACUUUGUUUAUUUUGUACUGUUUUGGAGCGAGUCUACUGAAGAGUUUCCUAGAUCACAAUGGGCCAUGGUGCUAUUUCCUUCCCCACCUUCAUGUUAACAACUUGGAAAUGCUAGAACAGCCAUUAGGCAUCAGCAUGUUGACUUUCACCAAUCAUCACAGCCGGCCAUUCCUCAGUCACCAAAGUAGGUUUGCCUUAUAACACUAACUGGCCACAUUAUACUACUAAAUAAAACGCUAGUCUCAUGGCACUGUCUCUGAAAUGCUGCCAACAGCUAUUAACUCCUUCUUUAGGAUUAAUAAAAAUUGACAUUUGUUUCUGGCUAUUAGAAUUCCCUUCCCAAGUUUCAGUUUUCAAAGGUUUUUCAUGCUUGAGACUAUACGAAGUGAGCGAGGCGAUUAUGAAGACACCUCAAGUGAUCUCUGUGACUAAGACAUGCUUCAUCUCAAAGUGGGAUGGUGGCAGAAUUUAGCUUGAACAUUCCAAGAAUAUUGUUUUCCUUUGAAAAAUAAGCUUGCAUUAAGUAUUAUACAUCACAGAAAAAUCAUGGACUCAGUUGAAGAGAUUAGUCACACAUACUAAAAAAAAGGUAAAAUUAUAGCUUUACUGUGGAAAAUACCAUUUGGAAAGAAGCAGAGCAGAGCUCUCUAAAGGACAGAGAAAGAUAUGAAUAGGAAAGGAGUUAAAUCAAGGCAUGAAAUUUUGGUUUUCUAAGUGAACAUUGAGACAAAUAGGUACCAAGAAGCUUUACCAGUUGGAAGGUUAACCUGCAGUAGUGAAAAGUCUGUAUCAUACAAUUAUUUAAAAAAACAUUUUUAUUGCUU